CCCUCACGCUGCCGGCUGCUCGCGCCGUCGCAGUGGAGCAGUAGUCUUGUGCGCUCUGGUUCCCGCUUGCCUCGCCCGCCUGCUCCGCGCCGCAGCGAGCCACGUGGACCAACUCCGGCGUGCGGUGCUCGGGUGGUUCCAGGGGGGCUUGCCGCGCCUCCCGUGUCUCGGUGCUCGCGCCGCCUCCGCUCCUACCCCAUGGCGGCCCUAGUGUUGGAGGACGGGUCGGUGCUGCAGGGCCGGCCCUUCGGGGCUGCUGUGUCGACUGCUGGGGAAGUGGUGUUUCAGACCGGCAUGGUCGGCUACCCAGAGGCCCUCACUGACCCGUCCUACAAAGCUCAGAUCCUAGUGCUCACAUACCCUCUGAUCGGCAACUACGGCAUUCCCUCAGAUGAAGUGGACGAGUUGGGCCUAAGCAAGUGGUUUGAAUCCUCAGAGAUCCAUGUGGCAGGGCUUGUUGUGGGAGAGUGCUGUCCCACGCCCAGCCACUGGAGCACCGCCUGCACCCUGCACGAGUGGCUACAGCAGCAUGGCAUCCCUGGCCUGCAAGGAGUGGACACUCGGGAACUGACUAAGAAGUUGCGGGAACAAGGAUCUCUGCUAGGGAAGCUGGUCCAGAAUGGGACAGAGCCUUCAGCUCUGCCAUUCUUGGACCCCAAUGCCCGGCCCCUGGCCCCAGAGGUCUCCAUUAAGACUCCACGGGUAUUCAAUACAGGGGGUGCCCCUCGGAUUUUUGCUUUGGAUUGUGGCCUCAAGUAUAAUCAAAUCCGAUGUCUCUGCCAGCUUGGGGCUGAGGUCACUGUGGUACCCUGGGACCACGCCUUAGACAGUCAGGAGUAUGAUGGUCUCUUCUUGAGCAAUGGACCUGGUGAUCCUGCCUCUUAUCCCAGUGUGGUAGCCACACUGAACUGUGUCUUAUCUGAGCCUAAUCCCCGACCUGUCUUUGGGAUCUGUCUGGGGCAUCAGCUGUUGGCUUUAGCCAUUGGAGCCAAAACGUACAAGAUGAGAUAUGGAAACCGAGGUCAUAACCAGCCCUGUUUAUUAGUGGGGUCUGGGCGCUGCUUUCUCACGUCCCAGAACCAUGGGUUUGCUGUGGAUGCAGAUUCACUACCAACAGGCUGGGCUCCUCUAUUCACCAACGCCAACGAUGGCUCCAAUGAAGGCAUUGUACAUGACAGCCUGCCCUUCUUCAGCGUCCAGUUUCAUCCAGAGCACCGAGCUGGCCCUUCAGAUAUGGAACUGCUUUUUGAUAUCUUUCUGGAAACUGUGAGAGAGGCUGUAGCUGGGAACCCUGGGGGCCAGACAGUUCGAGAACGGUUGGCUCAGCGCCUCUGUCCCCCUGGGCUUCCUGCCCCUGGUUCUGGACCUCCACCUCCACGAAAGGUUCUGAUCCUAGGUUCAGGAGGCCUCUCCAUUGGCCAAGCUGGAGAAUUUGACUACUCGGGCUCUCAGGCAAUUAAGGCCCUAAAGGAAGAGAACAUACAGUCUUUGCUGAUCAAUCCCAACAUUGCCACCGUACAGACCUCUCAGGGGCUGGCAGACAAGGUCUAUUUCCUUCCUAUAACACCUCACUAUGUAACUCAGGUGAUACGUAAUGAACGCCCAGAUGGUAUAUUACUGACUUUUGGUGGCCAAACAGCCCUGAACUGUGGUGUAGAACUGACCAAAGCUGGGGUGCUAGCUCGGUAUGGAGUUCGGGUCCUGGGCACACCCGUGGAGACCAUUGAGCUGACUGAGGAUCGACGUGCCUUUGCUGCUAGGAUGGCUGAGAUCGGAGAGCAUAUAGCCCCCAGUGAGGCAGCAAAUUCUCUUGAACAGGCCCAGGCGGCUGCUGAAAAGCUGGGCUACCCUGUGCUAGUACGUGCAGCCUUUGCUCUAGGUGGCCUUGGCUCUGGCUUUGCCUCUACCAAGGAGGAACUCUCAGCUCUUGUGGCCCCAGCUUUUGCGCAUACCAGCCAGGUGCUGAUAGACAAAUCCCUAAAGGGCUGGAAGGAGAUUGAGUAUGAGGUGGUGAGAGACGCCUAUGGCAACUGUGUGACGGUAUGUAACAUGGAGAACUUAGACCCACUGGGCAUCCACACUGGUGAGUCCAUAGUAGUGGCUCCAAGUCAGACAUUGAAUGACAGAGAGUACCAGCUUCUGCGACGGACAGCUAUCAAGGUUACCGAGCACCUGGGCAUUGUUGGGGAGUGCAAUGUGCAGUAUGCCUUGAACCCGGAGUCUGAGCAGUAUUAUAUCAUUGAAGUGAAUGCCAGGCUCUCCCGCAGCUCCGCCCUGGCCAGUAAGGCCACAGGCUACCCACUAGCCUAUGUGGCAGCCAAGCUAGCUUUGGGCAUUCCCCUGCCAGAGCUCAGGAACUCUGUUACUGGGGGAACAGCAGCCUUUGAACCCAGCCUGGACUACUGCGUGGUGAAGAUUCCUCGCUGGGACCUCAGCAAGUUCCUGCGUGUCAGCACAAAGAUUGGGAGCUGCAUGAAGAGUGUUGGUGAAGUCAUGGGCAUUGGGCGCUCAUUUGAAGAGGCCUUCCAAAAGGCCCUGCGUAUGGUGGAUGAGAGCUGUGUAGGCUUUGACCACACAGUGAAGCCAGUCAGUGAUGUGGAGUUGGAGACACCAACAGAUAAGCGGAUCUUUGUGGUGGCUGCUGCUUUGUGGGCUGGUUAUUCAGUAGAGCGCCUAUAUGAGCUCACACGCAUCGACUGUUGGUUCCUGCACCGAAUGAAGCGCAUCAUUACACAUGCCCAGUUGCUGGAACAACACCGUGGACAGCCUUUGUCCCAAGACCUGCUACACCAGGCCAAGUGCCUUGGCUUCUCAGACAAACAGAUUGCCCUCGCAGUUCUGAGCACAGAGCUGGCUGUUCGCAAACUACGUCAGGAACUGGGGAUCUGCCCAGCGGUGAAACAAAUUGACACAGUUGCAGCCGAGUGGCCAGCCCAGACAAAUUAUCUGUACCUGACAUACUGGGGCAACACCCAUGACCUCACCUUUCGGACACCACACGUCCUGGUUCUCGGCUCUGGUGUCUACCGGAUCGGCUCCAGCGUUGAGUUUGAUUGGUGUGCUGUAGGCUGCAUCCAGCAGCUCCGAAAGAUGGGUUAUAAGACCAUCAUGGUGAACUACAACCCAGAGACAGUCAGCACUGACUAUGACAUGUGUGACCGACUUUAUUUUGAUGAGAUCUCUUUUGAGGUGGUGAUGGACAUCUACGAGCUGGAGAACCCUGAAGGCGUGAUCCUGUCCAUGGGUGGGCAGCUUCCCAACAACAUGGCCAUGGCGCUACAUCGGCAGCAGUGCCGGGUGCUGGGCACCUCCCCUGAAGCCAUCGACUCAGCUGAGAACCGAUUCAAGUUCUCUCGGCUCCUAGAUACCAUUGGUAUCAGCCAGCCUCAGUGGAGGGAGCUCAGUGACCUAGAGUCUGCUCACCAGUUCUGCCAGACUGUGGGGUACCCCUGUGUAGUGCGCCCCUCCUAUGUGUUGAGUGGUGCUGCCAUGAAUGUGGCCUACACUGAUGGGGACUUGGAGCGCUUCCUGAGCAGUGCAGCAGCUGUCUCCAAGGAACAUCCUGUGGUCAUCUCCAAGUUCAUUCAGGAGGCAAAGGAAAUUGAUGUGGAUGCAGUGGCCUCUGAUGGUGUAGUGGCAGCCAUUGCCAUCUCUGAGCACGUGGAGAAUGCAGGUGUGCAUUCAGGUGAUGCCACACUGGUGACCCCCCCACAAGACAUCACCCCCAAAACUCUGGAGCGGAUCAAAGCCAUUGUGCAUGCUGUGGGCCAGGAGUUACAGGUUACAGGGCCCUUCAAUCUGCAGCUCAUUGCCAAGGAUGACCAGCUGAAAGUUAUUGAAUGCAACGUGCGUGUCUCUCGCUCCUUCCCCUUCGUGUCCAAGACACUAGGUGUUGACCUAGUAGCCUUGGCCACCAGGAUCAUCAUGGGGGAGAAGGUGGAAGCUGUGGGGCUCAUGACUGGAUCUGGAGUUGUAGGAGUAAAGGUGCCUCAGUUCUCCUUUUCCCGCUUGGCGGGUGCUGAUGUGGUAUUAGGUGUGGAGAUGACCAGUACUGGGGAAGUGGCUGGCUUUGGGGAGAGCCGUUGUGAGGCCUAUCUCAAGGCCAUGCUAAGCACUGGCUUUAAGAUCCCCAAGAAGAACAUCCUGCUAACCAUUGGCAGCUAUAAGAACAAAAGUGAGCUUCUCCCAACUGUGCGGCUGCUGGAGAGCCUGGGCUACAGUCUCUAUGCCAGUCUGGGUACAGCUGACUUCUACACUGAGCAUGGUGUCAAGGUAACAGCUGUGGACUGGCACUUUGAAGAGGCUGUGGAUGGUGAGUGCCCACCACAACGGAGCAUCUUGGAUCAGCUGGCCGAGAAUCAUUUUGAGCUAGUGAUUAACCUGUCUAUGCGUGGAGCUGGGGGUCGGCGUCUCUCCUCCUUUGUCACCAAGGGCUACCGUACCCGGCGCCUGGCUGCUGAUUUCUCUGUGCCCCUCAUCAUUGAUAUCAAAUGUACCAAACUAUUUGUGGAGGCCCUAGGCCAGAUUGGACCAGCCCCUCCUUUGAAGGUACAUGUAGACUGCAUGACCUCCCAGAAGCUCGUGCGACUACCUGGAUUGAUUGAUGUUCAUGUUCACCUGCGGGAACCAGGUGGGACACACAAGGAGGACUUUGCCUCAGGCACAGCUGCUGCCCUGGCUGGGGGUGUCACCAUGGUUUGUGCCAUGCCUAACACCCGGCCCCCCAUCAUUGAUGCCCCUGCUCUGGCCCUUGCCCAGAAGCUGGCAGAGGCUGGCGCCCGCUGUGACUUUACCCUAUUCCUUGGGGCCUCAUCUGAAAAUGCAGGGACUCUGGGUGCUGUGGCUGGGUCUGCAGCAGGACUAAAGCUCUACCUCAAUGAGACCUUCUCUGAGCUACGACUGGACAGUGUGGCCCAGUGGAUGGAGCAUUUCGAAACCUGGCCAUCGCACCUCCCCAUUGUGGCCCAUGCAGAGCGGCAGAGUGUUGCUGCAGUCCUCAUGGUGGCUCAGCUCACCCAGCGCCCAGUGCACAUAUGUCAUGUGGCUCGGAAGGAAGAGAUUCUGCUGAUUAAAGCUGCAAAGGCUCAGGGGCUACCAGUGACCUGUGAGGUUGCACCCCACCACCUGUUCCUAACCCGUGAUGACUUGGAGCGCCUGGGGCCUGGGAAGGGAGAGGUCCGGCCUGAGCUUAGUUCCCAAGAGGAUGUAGAAGCCCUAUGGGAGAAUAUGGCUGUCAUCGACUGCUUUGCCUCAGACCAUGCACCUCACACCUUGGAGGAGAAGUGUGGGCCCAAGGCUCCACCGGGCUUCCCAGGACUAGAAACCAUGCUGCCACUACUGCUGACGGCUGUGAGCGAGGGCCGGCUCAGUCUGGAUGACCUGUUACAGCGAUUGCACCACAAUCCUCGGAGGAUCUUCCACCUGCCACCUCAAGAGGACACCUAUGUGGAGGUGGAUCUGGAGCAUGAGUGGACAAUCCCUAGCCACAUGCCCUUCUCCAAGGCCCACUGGACCCCAUUCGAAGGGCAGAAAGUGAAGGGCACCGUCCGCCGUGUGGUCUUGAGAGGGGAGGUUGCUUAUAUUGAUGGGCAGGUGCUGGUACCCCCAGGCUAUGGACAGGAUGUACGGAAGUGGCCUCAGGGGGCUGUUCCCCAGCCCCCUCCCUCAGCUCCUGCUGCCAGUGAGAUAACCACGACGCCCGAGAGGCCACGCCGAGCCAUCCCAGGCCUUCCUGAUGGCCGCUUCCACCUGCCACCCCGAAUCCACCGAGCUUCUGACCCCGGUUUGCCAGCUAUGUACCUCCACCCAGGAGCUGGGAUCUCAUGGGGCAGCCGAGCAUGGGCUGAGGAGCCCAAAGAGAAGUCGUCGAGGAAGAUAGUGGAGCCUGAGCUGAUGGGAAACCCUGAUGGCACGUGCUACCCUCCACCACCAGUACCUAGGCAGGCAUCACCCCAGAACCUGGGGGCCUCUAGCCUGCUGCACCCCCAGACCUCACCCCUGCUACACUCAUUAGUGGGCCAACAUAUCCUGUCUGUCAAGCAGUUCACCAAGGAUCAGAUGUCUCAUCUCUUCAAUGUGGCACAUACACUGCGUAUGAUGGUGCAGAAAGAGCGGAGCCUUGACAUCCUCAAGGGGAAAGUCAUGGCUUCCAUGUUCUAUGAAGUGAGCACCCGAACCAGUAGCUCCUUUGCAGCAGCCAUGGCCCGGCUCGGGGGUGCUGUGCUCAGCUUCUCGGAAGCCACAUCCUCUGUCCAGAAGGGCGAAUCCCUUGCUGACUCAGUGCAGACCAUGAGCUGCUAUGCUGAUGUUGUCGUGCUCCGGCACCCUCAGCCCGGAGCAGUGGAGCUGGCAGCCAAGCAUUGUCGCAGGCCAGUAAUCAAUGCUGGGGAUGGGGUUGGAGAACACCCGACCCAGGCGCUGCUGGACAUCUUCACCAUCCGGGAAGAGCUGGGAACUGUCAAUGGCAUGACGAUCACCAUGGUGGGUGACCUGAAGCAUGGACGCACAGUGCACUCCCUGGCCUGCCUGCUCACCCAGUACCGCAUCAGCCUACGCUAUGUGGCACCUCCCAGCCUGCGUAUGCCACCCAGUGUACGGGCCUUUGUGGCCUCCCGAGGCACCAAGCAGGAGGAGUUCGAGAGCAUUGAGGAGGCACUGCCUGACACUGACGUGCUCUACAUGACUCGAAUCCAGAAGGAACGAUUCGGCUCUCCCCAGGAAUACGAAGCUUGCUUUGGUCAGUUCAUCCUAACUCCCCACAUCAUGACCCGGGCCAAGAAAAAGAUGGUGGUGAUGCACCCAAUGCCCCGAGUCAACGAGAUAAGCGUGGAGGUAGACUCAGACCCCCGAGCAGCCUACUUCCGCCAAGCCGAGAAUGGCAUGUACAUCCGCAUGGCUCUGCUUGCCACUGUGCUGGGCCGUUUCUAGGGCCCAGCCUCUAAACUGCUUCUCUUUAGGCCCUGCUGCUGGGCAAGGAAUCCCAGUGCCCCCCACGGGGGCAGCACACUUAGCAAGCAUUCUGGGACAGCCAGACAGCUCAAGCACACACAGGGGCCAUGCUUCAGGUUCUGGACUGGAGCUUUCUGGCUUGGGGGUGCAGUCUCAGAUACUGGGGACCCAUCAGCCCCAUCUCUGUUCUUACACCUCAGAUCUGUACAGUUACUUUUCUACUGACUAAUAAACAGCCAAGCAGUUCCUCAUAA